AUGCAACAUCGUCGCCGCAUCGCCGUGCUACUACUGCUAAUAGUAUGGACAGCGGUCGCCGCCGCGCUUGACGGAAGCCUCGACUCCAAGCUGCCCAUCGUCUGCAACGCAACCUUUCCGUGCUACGACUCGAUCCGCGAGCGAUGCCUCGCUGGCGACGUCGUCCAGCACGACGGCCGCGGUCGGCCCUUCUGUAGUGCCUUCGCUGCGCGCUGCCAAAACAAAACGCUCUGCUACGACUCGAGUCUUGCGUGCCCGUGCGGCGGCGAUCGACCCUGUCUGUACGAUUCGACGGGGGCAUGCGAGCCGCAAAGCAGCGCGUGCUCUGCCACGUCGCGUUCAAUCUUGUAUUCGUACUGCGUCAACAACUCGGCGGCCGCGAUUUCACUGACGCCGUCGCCGACGUCAUGGAGCCCGUCAAGCGUGGUGGGCUUCGAUCUGAGCAACUCGUUCGACAAGGCGGCGAGCUCAGUGUCGACGAUGUUUAUCAUCAUGGGUGUUGUCAUCGUGCUCAUUAUCAUCGCGGUCGUCAUUUGCGCUUGCAAGCGCAAAGACACAUCAAUCACGAUCCCAGGCCUCUCGGGCCCGACGACGAACGCCGCCGCGUACAACCAGCCCGGUCUUGUGCCAGCGGCGCAGUACCACAUGCAAAUACCGACCCAGCAAGCGUACCAGCAAGGACAGCAAGCGUACCAGCAAGGACAGCAAGAAUACCAGCAAGCGUCCAUGUACCAGCAGCAACAACAAGCCUACCAACCGCCAACAACGCAGUACAUCCCGGUGGUGCAACCCAUCUCGUCGCGGUCGCACGCAUCGUCGACCAACACGUCGGCCGUGUCGGGUGCGUCUGCCGACUUUGAUGUCUCGGACCUGGACAUGUACCGCAUCAGCCACGCGCAGCUCGCCAUCAUCAAGCCGAUCGCACAAGGCGCAUACGGUGAGGUGCUCCUCGCGUCGUACCAAGGCAUGCGCGUGGCGGUCAAGAAGCUUUUACCCAACGACAACGCGCGCGUCGAGCUGCCAAAGUUCAUUGCGGAAAUCAAACUUUUGGCCAAGAUGGAAUCGCCGUACAUUGUGCAGUUUAUCGGUGCUUCGUGGCUCCGUCCCAGUGACAUUAUGCUCGUAACUGAGUUCCUUGAGGCCGGCGACCUCCGCAACUACCUCCAGGGCACCUCGACCGGGUCCGUUCCAUGGCACCAAAAGCUCCAACUGGCCUACGACAUCCUCCAGGGCCUCGUGUACCUCCAUACACUCGAGCACAAGGUCAUUCACCGCGACCUGAAAUCCCGCAACGUCCUCUUGACCGACGACGUGCACGCCAAGCUGACCGACUUUGGUAUUGCCCGCGAAAUGGACGACGCGACCAUGACGGCGGGUAUCGGCACGUACCGGUGGAUGGCGCCCGAGGUGCUCCAGGAAGGUCACUACGCCGAGUCGGCCGACAUGUUUUCGUUUGGCGUCAUUCUCUCGGAGCUCGACACGCACCAGUUGCCAUACGCCGACAAGGUCAACAGCAGCGGACGUCCGUACACGGACACGGCCAUCAUGGCCAAAGUCAUGACCGGGGAGCUGCGGCCGUCGUUUUCCGGGAGCUGCCCGCGCUGGUACCGCGACCUCGGCAGCUGCUGUAUGGCGCUCAAGCCCGAGGACCGCCCAACGGCCAUGGAAGCCUCGUAUACUGUGCAAGUCGAAAUGCGCAACUCAUUUCAAAGUUGAAGACCCUUUUGCGGGCUUUGUUGUAGGAAAAUAGCAAACUUGACUGUAGUAAUAAAUCAGUUAGCUCGUUCGAGCGAAAGGCUCUCUGAAAGACACCA